AUGGAAACGAAAGGAGGAGCAAUACAGCAACAACUACUAUCAUCUGGAGGAGAGGGACCACGUCGUCAUCAUCAUCAAACCGACAUUAUUGAUGCCGAUGCAACCGACAGCGAUUCAAUGUCCCAUCAAGAGCGUCUUCUCGGUCAAACGGCUACUUCGUCGAUUCAGGGAUUUCAACAAUUCACUGGUUCCCUGUUCGAUUCCCCGCCAUCAAUGCUCUCAUCAGCCAACCAUGUUGUCAAAUGA